CGAGUGUAAAGAGGUAAGGAACGCCUGACGGUUUUCGCUUGUUCCUUGGGCUGGUGUAAAUGCCACCCGAAUGAAAUGGCAAACACAGGGACAGAAAAUACUUCGACAAAGUCGGAUUAUUUACCAAUAGAAAGUAGACACCUUCUUCUACCUCCGCUAGAAGAGUUAGUUCAAGUGCUUAAGGCUGGCUUAGCCAAGAACUUUUCAAAUGUUGAGGUUGAAGUGGUGGAUUGUCCUGAUUUGAGAGAGAAGCCAUGGAAACUAGCUGCUCCUGGUAUUUGUGGGAGAACCAGAAUUGCUGAUGUUGGUGGUCCACCAUAUCUCAUACCUCUUCCUAAUCUUUCCAAGUUAUACAUUAAAUGUUGCUGCAUUGUUCAUCAGGUUCUGAAGGUUUGCGCCAGCAAGAGGACUGGGGACGAGAAUUUUAUCACGUGCAUGCGACACACGCUAGCUGGUCACUAUGGAAACAGGCCAGUUGGAGUGGGUGGAGUUUUUGUGAUAGAGAAGGGCAAGGCCAAGAUUCACAUCAUGCCCAAAUUUUCCGAAACUCCACUCAAGACGGACACCGAUGUCAACAACUGGCUCAAGUUCUACAAUAUGAGCGCACCAUUAGUAUGUGUUGGAGUCUUCGAAAGCCACGAUCCCGGUUUGGACUUGCGCAUUGAACACUUUCACUGCUUCAGUGAUCACGGAGAGGGUGGACACUAUCAUUAUGACGUCACGCCUGUUGACGUGCAGUACACUGGUUUCUUUAGCCUCGCAGAGAAGGUUUACAGAAUAGACCGACCACAGACGACGCACAACGUUGGAAGAGACUGAGAGGCAGAAAUAAUGAACAAAUAAAUAUAGGCUUCCUUCCUUGUCCUGGAAAAAUAACUAUUCUUCGCUCGCUAAUGGUACCUGGCACUGAAAUGAACAAUUCACAUGGUCUUGAAAUUCGAUGAGAUCCUGUUUUGCGGGAUUAGAUAGAUAGCGAUCUUUUUAAGUAUUCACAUAAAAAUUGCAAAUGGUGCAUAGAAAUUCAUAGUAAUAUAAUAAAUGAGACUAAUAGUUAUGGUGGAGCAUAAAUUUUGAAGAGUUGUGUUUCAUUAGUUGCAUUGCACAUCCUUACUGCACACGAAAUACCCAUAUACCCUUAUACCCU